GGCCUAUAUAAGAUGACAGAGGACGGGACUAGAGUGUGGAGAUCAAGAGGAGAUCAACUUGGAGGUGAAGAUUAAGACUGGACUAGUCUGCUGUACUAUACAUCUCUGGAUCUGUUUAGUUGACUCAGUGAGAACAAUGUUGCAACCAAGAAAUACUCCUAAGACUGUGCGUCUGUCUGACUCCAUCAAUGAUGAAGAGAUAAAGUAUGUGAAGGAGAGGAAGACUCAGAUUAAGAAGUGGCUGAAAGGUCAGGGUUUCAACUGUGAACUGGAGGAUGUUCCUAACAUAGCGUUGCUGGGGUCAGGUGGAGGAGAGAGGGCAGCAGUGGGCAUGCUGGGAUCUCUGCAUCAGCUGGAACAGGACAACCUGCUGGGCAGCCUCCUCUAUAUGUGUGGGGUGUCUGGCACCACCUGGUGCAUGUCAUCCCUGUACAGCGAUCCAGCCUUGUCGUUAAGUAAGCGUUGUGAUGAAAUUAUAAAGAAGCUGAGGGGUCCUAAAGUGAACUUGAGCAAAGCUGUGGAGUGGCUGAAAUUGAGGAAAGAAGAAAACCAGGACAUCAACCUCACUGACUUCUGGGGCGCCUUCACUGCCUCCUAUUUCAUGAAAGAGAUGCACACUCGCUGUCUCUCUGAAGAUGCUCACAUCAUCAAACCCUACCCCAUCUACAGCGCCAUAGAACUAGACUGCCACAAACAGGAUGACACUAAAGGGGUGUGGUUUGAGAUGACCCCCUACGAGAGUGGCUUCUCCGGAUUGGGCGCUUUCAUCCCCACUUCCUGUCUUGGGAGCAAGUUUAAAGGUGGAGCUCUGAGAGAGAAGAGGAAGGAAAUGGACAUGGUUCUGCUGCAAGGUAUCUGUGGUAGUGCCAUUGCAGACAUGCAGAUAAACAAUGAUGAGGUAGUAAAAAGGAUCUGGAGCUUGUUUGGAGAUCGCCCAGUAGUGCCAUCUGCAGGGUUUGGUCCAGGGUACGAGAGCAGUAAGGUGGUGGAAGAGAAGGUGUGUGAGUGUGUGCCCUCCCGAGUGGUGAGGUGUGUGUCUGAGCUGAUCAAGUACGCUGAUGAUCCAGAUCCACUGAAGACAAAGGAAGUCAUCACCACACUGGGACAGCUACUGAAGGGUCUUGUGAGCAGUAAGGGCGAGAUGCUGUGGAACAUGGACCCUGAGAGCUGGAAGAGAACCAGCCUGGUGGAGAGAAAGAAGUUCAUAGAGACAGUCAGUCUGGAGCUCAUCCUCUCCUCAGACAGCUGGGCAAAAGACUGGAAGGACAAACGCUACACCUGCAACGAUGAAGCGAUGUCCAGGGAGUCGAUGAGAACAUCGAAAAAGCCAGACAAAGUGCCAAUAACAAACUCCUGGCUCUCCGAUGGGUUGUGGAUUGUGCAGAACAUUUUCCCUCUGGUCCAAAAAUGGGAAUGGGGAACCACGUCCAACUUCCUCUUCAAGAUCGACGAUACUAACGUUCCGAGCAGCAUGGCAUCCAAAGAGAAGAUUCACCUGGUAGACGCUGGGUUAAAGUUGAACUCUCCCUACCCCCCCGUCCUGCGCACAUCGAGGAAGGUCGACCUCAUCAUCUCCUUGGACUUCAGCGAAGGAGACCCCUUUGAGACGGUGUUUAAUGCCAAAAAGUAUGCGCUUCAGCAGAAGCUUCCCUUUCCCCCAGUGAAGGAGAGUGUGAGGGAGGAGAAAGACCAUCCGCAGGACUGCUACGUUUUUGAGGGGCAAUACCCUGAAGAGCCCACCAUCAUGCACAUGCCCCUGUUCAACCUGCAGAACUGCCAAGACGAGGAGGGGAUUAAGAAGGAGAGGGAGAAGUACACAACGUUACGGCAGCCCUACGGUGCGCCUGAGAACGAACGCCUCCUGAAGAAGGCCAAGGACAACUUGAAGAACAACAAAUACAGGAUCCUGGUACAGAUCAUUAUGGCUGUCCAACGCAGAAAGAAUCGCAAGUCAGUGGCUCAAUAGUCUGUAUCUGUGGUGUAAAGUACUACAGUAUUUUUUGUAUUUUUUUUGUAUCUUUACUUUAUAUUUGACAACUUUUACUUUACUACAUUUCUAAAGAAAACUAUAUGUAUUUUUUACCCCAUACACUUACCCUGACACCCAAAAGUUGCCUACUUGUUACAUUUUGAAUGCUUAGCAGGACAGAAAAUGUAUAAUUCAAGCACUUAUCAAGAGAACAUCCCAACCUGUUAGUCCCUGCUGCCUCUGAUCUGGUUGACUGAUUAGAAGCACCUGCUGCUCAUCUGUGUUCCCAACAAAUGCUGUCUUGAUUUAAAAAAGAUUUGUAUCUACACACUGGAGAAAACUGAAAGGUCUGUGUAUGCCAUCUCUAAUGCAUUAAAAAAAACUUGAUUUUCUUUUUGAGUGCAGACACAUCACACCCUUCCUCUGAAUUUGCAGUUUUUACGCACAAAAAGCUAGAUUGUCCCUGUGAUUAGGACUCAAUAAACAUAAAUGCUUCUUUA